CCGGCCAAUAACCCUUCCAAAAACAAUCUUUAUUCUCACAUCGCCCCCAAUCCGUUCGCUUGCUUUCUAGCUGUCGCCUACUUUCGCUUUUGCAAGUAUGAAGAACGUUGCGACCCUUGCAGCCUUCGCUGCUGGGGCUAAUGCCCUUGUUGGCCGGAGCGACUCUUGCUGCUUCCACCUGACAGCUUCUGGUGAUGCUUCUGGCACCAUUGGCCAGCUGGGUGAUGGUCAGAACCGCAUCGGUGGUGGGCUUCCCGCAACCCAGUUCUGCAUUGACUCCAACGGUGGCAUCACUGACAGCAGCGGACGCGGUUGUGUUGUGACUAGCGAGACCACACAGUUCCAGUGUGACUUGGGUAAAUCUCCUAUGUCGGGUUUCUCCAUCACCUCCUCUGGUGAGCUGGAGUACAACGGUGACGCCGAUUUUGUUGCCUGCCAAACUGGCGACAACAAUGAACUGAACCUUUACACCACUGAGAACUCCUCCGUCACUGGCUGCGAGAACAUCAAGUUGACGGCUGAUUCCUGCUCGGGCUCGGGUGCUGGCUCUGUUGGCUCCAGUUCUGCUCCGGCUUCGACCCCCGCCCCUCAGUCCAGCCAGCCGGCUCCGGCUCCGUCUUCCAGCGCUCCAGGUGUCCCUGGCGCUGGUGCGUCGACUAGCUGGGUACCCGGUGGCCCUGCCUCCAGUGCUCCGGGAGUUCCUGGCGCUGGCCAAUCGACUGGCUGGGUUCCUGGUGGCCCUGCCUCUAGUGCUUCAGUGCCCUACGGUCCUGGUCCCCAGUCGAGCGGCGCCGUGCAGGUGACGACCGUCUAUGUGACCGAAACCUACUGUGGCGCUGAGUCUACUCCUGUGGUUUCUGUUCCUGGAGAGACUACUGUCCCGCUGGUUCCCGUUGGACCUGGGUCUUCUGCUCCCGCUGGUUCCCAGCCGGCGCCCUCCGGAUCCCCUGCUCCUCAGCCAUCCGAGACUCCAUCCUACCCUCAAUCGUCCGAGAGCCCUGCUCCUCAGCCUUCGGAGACUCCUUCAUACCCCCAGUCCUCGGAGACCCCGGCCCCCCAGCCUUCUGAGACUCCUGCUCCUCAGCCCUCCGGAUCUCCGGCUCCUCAGCCUUCUGAGAGCUCUUACCCCGAAACCUCUGGCACUCCCGCCCCUCAGCCUUCCUCCUACCCCCAGACCUCUGGAACUCCUGCUCCCCAGCCGUCUGGCACUCCCUCUUACCCCCAGACCUCCGCGUCUCCCAGCAGCGCUCAGCCUUCUGGCACGGCCACUCAGUCUUCCUCUGCCAGCUGCCCCACUGAUCUUUCUGGCGACUAUGAGUACCCUCACCUGAUCGUCCCGAUCAACUCUUCCACUCCCGACACCGCCUAUGGUACUCAGUACUUCGGCACCGUCUCCUCCACUGUCUCGACCAUCUUCAACUUCGACAUCCCCUCUUCGGACUCUGGAAAGACCUGCAGUCUGAUCUUCCUGUUCCCUACCAAGGAUCAGCUCGAGACCUCCGACUACACUUUCAGCGGAGACGGCAAGGUUGACUUCUCCCAGCUCGAGUCUGCUGCUAGCGAGUCGACGACCUACAACAACGCUCCUGGAGUCAAGCAGGACUACGGCGACUUCACCCUCUCGCCUGGCAACUCUUACCUGAUCUCCACUUUCUCUUGCCCGGCUGGCCAGACUGUCAGCUACGAGAUGAAGGAGGCUGGUAGCACCUACCUCAACUUCUUUGAGGACUACAACCCCUCUCCUCUCGGUCUGUACAUCACGGUCUGCUAAGCUCGUCAGACGUAGCGAUCGCAUCCGGCAACGCGAACAUGAUUAAUGGACCCGUUAUGUUCUAUUUAUUGAUUUUUAUUCCCUUUAGUUUAAGACAUGACCAUUCCUUCUUUUGAUACUUAACCGGGUGCCGGAUACGGUCUCUGACCGGAGAGACUAUGGAUAUUGGAAAUACAAAAUUGGUUAUAUCAACGAUAAUUCUUUGUCAG